AUGGAGAAGUGUAAGUCCAGCACUGUCAAAAUUCCUCAGUUAAUGUGGAAGAAGAUCUUCGUGGUCUUUGUUGGCCUUCUCACGCUGUUUAACAGCGUCUUCGAUUCAACCAUCCCGAGCCGUGGGAUUAGGUUUAUUUCCAAGGCCCUGAAUGUCCAAAGCAAGACUCAACAUGUGCUGCCCACAUCUGUCUACCUGAUCGGGUAUGUGAUGGGGCCUUUGGCCUUUGGGCCCAUGAGCGAGCUGUACGGUCGACGGCCAGUGAUGGUUGGAACUUUCGUUCUCUUUAUUAUCUUCCGACCUCUUUGUAGCAUCUGCGUAUCUAGUCCGAUUGCCGUCACUGGAGGACUCUUCACCGAUUUCUAUCGCUCUCCUCUUGCUCGGAGAAGAACCAUGGCGCUGUCAAUGGUAGUCACCACCGCUGGUCCACAGUUUGCACCGCUGAUUGCGGGGUUUAUCGCCCUGUUGGGUGGAGGUGGAUCUCCUGGUUUCGCCGCUGUCACCUUGAUCCCGCCUCGAAAGCACGGUGAAGGGAUUCUGGUCAAAACUUUUACUCGUCCGCUAUAUAUGAUAUUUUAUGAGCCAAUCAUAUCUUUGACUUAUCUUUAUUUGUUCUUCGCAAGCGUAAUCUUCUUUAUUUAUUUUGAGGCGUACCCCUUGGUCUUUCAAGAUGUGUACAGGAUGAGCGAUGUAUGCAUUGACAUCGCCAUAAGAAUACAAAGACUUGAGCUAACUCGAUGUCAACCCAAUUUAUUUGCCGUGGGGGCAUGUAUCGGGAUGGCCAUAUUCUUAGCAUAUGACUCGUUUCUCCAGCGCGCAAAAUCGCGAAAGGCCAGCUGGUCAAAAAUUGAGGAGUAUCAGCGGCUUCCCUUAUCAUGUCUAUGGGGCCACUCGACGUGUUGGCCCUAUUCUGGCUGGGCUGGACUUCAUCCGUGGAGAUACACUGGAUCGUCCUCACGCUGGCAGGGAUACACUUUGGAAUGGGCUUUUUCCUCAUCUUCGUGGCUCUGGUCAAUUCACGAGUACGCUGCCAGCGCGAUGGCAGCCGCUAGCUGUUGCCGCAGUGUAUUCGGGGCAGUUUUUCCCUUGGCGGCUGCCCCAUCUUUAAUCAAUUGGGCAUAA